GUAUGAGUUGUUUUGUUUAUACAGCAGUGCCGCUGCCUGGCAGAGAUAGUUCAAGUGUGUCUCUAAAAAACAGCUUAAAUUACCUUCUACGGGGGUAAAUUAUGUCUGUGAAACACGCCAUUAGCCGCGGGCUGGAGUUGGGCCGCUCGGUCCUCCAGGUGGGUCUCCUCAAAUCUGGAGGCCGAGUCGCAGCGAAGCUCCGAGCGGACCGUUUUCGUGUAGGCCCGUCGGUCCGCACCGUUCAGCCUCGGGCUUUCCUGCCGUCUCGGUACCGCUACUACCGCACCUCUCUGCGGGGUCUGGCAGCUCAGCUCCAGUCCGCCGGCUUCAGGAGGAGGUUCACCGGAGGGUCUCCCAGGAACAGGGCCGUGUUUCUGGCCUUCGGUCUCGGUGUGGGGCUCAUCGAACAACAGCUUGAGGAUGAUAGACAGAGUGCGGCGACAUGUCAGGAGAUCCAGGCUGUAUUCAGGAAGAAAAGAUUCCAGAGCCCGCUCAAGCCGUUCACCUCUGGAUAUAAACUGGAGGAUUACAUUAUUGGGAACCAGAUUGGAAAAGGCUCCAAUGCAGCCGUGUACGAGGCUGCAGCUCAGUUCGCCCCUCCGAAGGAAAGUGAUAGGAAGUGCUCCCUGGUGCAGCUGAAAGAAGACGAAGAGGAAGGAGAGAAGGCUCGAUCUCUGACAUGCUGCUCACUAAGAAACUUCCCUAUGGCUAUCAAGAUGAUGUGGAACUUUGGGGCAGGUUCAUCGAGUGAGGCUAUAUUAAAAUCUAUGUCACAGGAGCUGGUGCCUGCAGGCGCCCUGGCCUUAAAGCAGGAAAAAGAACACAUUACUCUGAACGGAGAAUUUGGAGUCUUGCCCAAAAGAGUGUCAGCACACCCCAACGUGAUCAGAGUGUACCGGGCUUUCACAGCGGACGUCCCACUGCUACCAGGUGCCCAGGAAGAGUAUCCAGAUGUGCUGCCAGCCAGGCUCAACCCUGCCGGUCUGGGCAACAAUCGCACACUUUUCCUGGUCAUGAAGAACUAUCCAUGCACAUUGCGACAGUACCUGGAAGUGUCCACACCGGGCCGCAGGCACGGCUCCCUGAUGCUGCUGCAGCUCCUUGAGGGGGUCGACCAUUUGUGCAGACAGGGUGUCGCUCACAGAGAUCUCAAAUCAGACAACGUGCUGCUGGAAUUUGACUCAGAUGGUUGCCCUCGUCUGGUGAUUACUGACUUUGGCUGCUGCCUGGCUCAGAGUGACUCCAGUCUACAGCUGCCCUUCAACAGCAUGUGGGUCAACAGAGGAGGCAAUGCAUCACUUAUGGCGCCUGAGGUGGCCACUGCGGUUCCAGGAAGCGGUGUGGUGAUUGACUACAGCAAAGCGGAUGCCUGGGCUGUGGGUGCCAUCUCCUACGAGAUUUUCGACCAGCGUAACCCGUUCUAUCGAGCAGUGGGACUGGAGAGCCGGAGUUACCAGGAGAAGCAGCUUCCUGCUCUGCCCUCCGCUGUUCCAGCUGAUGUGCAGCUAGUGAUCCGAUUACUCCUCAGGAGGAACCCGAGCAAGCGUCCCAGUGCCCGUGUAGCAGCUGAUAUGCUACAUCUCAGCCUGUGGGGACGGAAGGCCCUGGCCAAUCAGGACAGUGCCGGCAUGAGGAAGCUGGCUGAUUGGCUGCUGUGCCAGUCUGCUGUGGUUCUCCUGAAGGGCUGCGAUGGACCCAGUGGGAACAGGGUGGAGGCGGAGCUACAGAGGAGUUUCCUCGCUAACCUGGAUCUGGAGGACCUGCGCACGGCUGUGGGCUUCCUGCUGUAUGGAAGAGAGCAGCGUCAGGCCUGCAUACUGUCUGCAUAGAAGAGUCCUUCAUAUGAAUAGACAGGGAGGCUGGAGUUAAAAUUUGCUUUCAUAGUCAGUGAAACAUCUGAGUCUUAGUCUAGUCUACAUCUAAUGGCUACGUAGAGGAGCAAAAACACUGUACUCUUACACUGUUAGACAUCUUCUCUGACUGUCAGUGCACUCCAGCAUUUAUUGUGAAUUGUCAAAUGGUGUAAUUCACCGGUUUGAUAUUCCCGGUCCACCCUAACCCAGUGCUGUCUACUCCUAGAGUCACUGAUCUGCAUUUCCCAGAAUGAGUUCUCACAAAAUCUAAGUUUAACAAAGUGCCUCUAGUUCCCCUAAUGCAAAGUGCAACCUGUCUUCUGGCUGCAGUGCAUCAUGGACAAUAGAGGCAAUAGAGGCACUAGAGUUGAAUAUGUAAUUAGGCCAGAAAUGCAAGGUACCACUGGCUACAGGUAAUUCUGUUAUAAGAGUGGAUAUUUUAUUUAAAAGCUCUAAUGCACUUUUUAAAUAUUUGCUAGACCCCACACAGUUAUUACCUGUGUGUUUGAAGAAACCUGGCCUGUGUGGAAGUUAUGCACUGAUAAAGGUGAAGGCCAAUGCAGAUCAUUUAAAUUAAAUUAUUAAUAUACUGAACUUAUCAGACUCUACUGUGUAGGGUGACAAGUUUUAACACGCAGCACGUAAUUUGCUCGUUUGCCCGUCACACUAAUGGUUUCCAGUGGGUGUCUGUGUAAGGUUUUGGGUCAAACAGUCACUAUUAUUAUUAUUAUUAUUACUCCUAUUCUGCACAAUGUAAUGCAGAUACCACAUAGUAAUCACUAAUGAUGAUGAUAAUGGAUAGAGCGGAUCAUGCAUAGUACUGACCGACCUCAUGGAUGUGUUUUUCGUCUCAUGGUUUGCACUUUAUGUCCAUGUUUGCACAUGCUCAGAGCCACUGGUAUUGCUUACUGGUGAUUGUUUGUUGCUAGCUUAUACAUGAAAUUAUAUUCCGCUAAAUUGAUUUGAAUAGAGUGAGUUAACCUAUCACACUUCACUGUCAUCUGUUAUCAAAACCAGCCAGUUAAGUCUACAAUUUUAACAUCUUUAAAUAUCACAUGGUAAGUUAGAGAUACAAGAUAGAGAGUGUGUAUAUUGUUUUCAUACUAAAGAUGGUGGGAAAUAUUUUGGAUAUAUGUAGAUUUUUCUGCCGUGUUUCAGAAUAAAGGUAACUCUCUGAAAAGA